AUGGCCAUGGCCGGGGACGAACAGGACGAAUAUCAUGCGGCAAUCACCACCGACAGUAACGUUGCCACCGCCGCUACCCAUCCACACGAUGAUGGCUCAGGCCUCAAGCGAAAACGCCCUGACCAGGAGGCAGACGAAACCGAGGAUACUGGGCCCGCCGCGAAGUGUGUCAAGCAGUAUGGUGAUCCCGCAUCCACUGAGAGUAGCGUGGCAACAACCGCGACUCAACCACACUGCGACAGCUCCACCCGCAAGCGAGAGCGCUCCGACGAAGAUGGGGACGAAGUCGAAGAUAUCGCGCCCGCAAAGAAGUGUAUCAAGCAGGAUGGUGAUGCCUAUGCUGGCGCGCGCCUGAUCAAACGCAAGCGAGUUCCCGAAGGCGACCGCAAUGGUAAGGUCAAGUGCGAGACCUGCUGGGACCGAAAGCCAGUCGAGGAAGCUAUCGCACUCGAAUGCGAUCACACCUCCUGUUACGGCUGCGUCCAGGACCUGUUCCGCCAAUCCAUGAAAGAUGAGACUCUAUAUCCGCCUCGCUGCUGUACUCGGUUGAUAACGCUCGAUGAUAUGAGAGAUAUCCUUCCAGAGGACCUCAUUCCCGAGUUCAUCGCCAAACGCGAGGAGCUAGAAGAUCCAAGCAAGUGCUAUUGUCAUGUGCCGACCUGCUCGGCAUACAUUCCUAAUGCCAAGCGAACAGGUGACAACGCCAUCUGCCCAACCUGCAACUCCAGUACCUGCCGCAAGUGCCAGGGCGCUUCACAUGAUGGCGACUGUGUUUACGACCCCGAGACGCAAGCCCUAAUGGAGACUGCAAAGGACCUUCAGUGGCAGCGCUAUCCACCCUGUGGACGCUUUCUCGAGCACAACUUCGGAUGCUGGCAUAUGACUUGCCCCUGUAAGCACGAGUUUUGUUACCUAUGCGCUACAACCUGGAAAGAGUGCAAAUGCGAUCUUUGGGAGGAGGAGCGCCUCCUCGAACGCGCACGCAUCAUCACUGAGCGUGAAAGACUUGGCCGGGCUACACAAGGUCGACGCAAUGCCCGAGGUCGGUGGAUCCCGGUACAGGCACCAGAUGGUGCUCCUCGAGAUAUUGCCGGCAUGGCCGCCCGCUUUCGCCAGCACGCUGAAUGCGCUCAUGGCAAUAUGCAUAUGUAUGUGCCUGGCUCAUACGAGUGCGACGACUGCCACCACGUUCUGGACCGUUACAUCCAUCGCUGCGACCAGUGUCGAGUCAGUCUCUGCACGUGGUGCUGUAUGCAUAGACGACGUCGAGGCGCUAUACGGACAUGA